AUGACAAACCCACAUGUAGAUGAAAAUGGAAUCACCGUGUUUCAGGCAUUCAAUAUCCUCCGCUAUGAGGUCAGGCAAAAAUAUGAUUCUCACUAUGACGCAUUCAAUCCUGCUGAAUAUGGCCCCCAAGAGACCCAAAGGAUGGCUUCAUUUUUGCUGUAUUUAACAGAUGUUCAAGAAGGUGGGGAGACCAUGUUUCCAUAUGAGAAUGGAUCCAACAUGAACAGUAGCUAUGAUUUUGAGGAUUGUGUUGGUUUAAAAAUAAAGCCACGGAAGGGAGACAGACUUCUAUUUUAUUCGUUGUUCCCUAAUGGUACAAUUGAUCCGGUUAGUAUUUUAUUCUCGUCAUGUUCGUUAUAAUUAUUUUUUACUGAUCUUCUGGGACAACACUAAC